AUGCAGUCCAUCAGAGACAUGAAGUCCAACUUUAUUGCUCCACCCUCGUCCUCUAUUCCCGGUGGUCCCGACGCCUAUCACCAAGGCAACAUCAGAAUGACUCUGGAGGACCCAGAACUCUGGAAGUCUUUCCAUGAAAUUGGAACAGAGAUGAUUAUCACUAAACCGGGCAGGAGAAUGUUUCCACACUGUAAAAUCAACCUUUCUGGGCUGAUGCCUUGUUCCAAGUACAUCUUGCUGGUUGACAUGGUUCCUGUGGAUGGUUUCAGGUAUAAGUGGAAUAAAGAGAAAUGGGAAGUGGCUGGGAAAGCGGAGCCACAACCCCCUUGCCGGACGUACCUGCAUCCAGACUCUCCAGCCCCUGGGAGCCACUGGAUGAAACAGACCGUGUCCUUCCUCAAGCUCAAGCUUACCAACAACACCCUAGACCAACAUGGCCAUAUCAUUUUGCACUCCAUGCAUCGCUACCACCCGCGCUUCCACAUUGUCCAGGCAGACGACAUGUACAGUGUACGCUGGAGUGUAUUCCAGACCUUUACCUUCCCUGAGACCUCCUUCACCUCCGUCACUGCUUACCAGAACACUAAGAUAACCAAGCUGAAAAUCGACCACAACCCAUUUGCGAAAGGCUUUAGAGACGAAGGAACUAAUACAAAAAGGCGCGCUAACAGAAACCCAGCCUGCCCAGAGAAGAAAGCAAAGAAAAUUGAUUGUCUAAGCAGAGAGUCAGAUGAGGACAGUCCUCCUGACUUCCGCAGGUCAUCAUUUGAGGGAUACGAAGGAGAGCAGGCAGAACUCCCCAAAACCAAAGAGGAGGAAGUGGUGAAAGAGGAACGCUACUCCCCCUGGGGGCCUGAGAGGGAGCAUGGCCACCACGUCCGGACAGAUUCACCCCCUGGACCUGACGCCAGAGAAAUGUACAAUGCAGAGCAGCUAGUACCAGCCCCAGCUUCAUACCAGCCUUACAGGUUCCAUGAAUACGGGAAGUCUCCAUCUCCCUCCUCCAGCGUAGGCAGCAGCAACGGGGGUUCUGGACGGGCCAGCUUUGAGUCCAGAGUCUCUGAUGUAGCCACAGUACCAGAGCAUGAGGCCUCCAAGCCCUCUACCCAUGAGAUCGGACCAUCUCCCUGUGGCCCCCAGCCCUCUGCAGGACAUCACCAGGACUACACAGGGGUUCUCAACAUGGCCCAGGCAGGCAAGCCAGGGGUCCUCAGCCACCACAUUUACACUCCUUACAGCGCCGAGCAGACCCUGGGCCAGUGGAGCGGACCCAGCCCUGUCCAGUACCCUCCCCCUCACCACCUGCCCUCUGACUACAGUACCCCGGCUGUGCACCACGGAUAUCACCAUGGCAAUGUGGCUGAGUGGAGCCAGUACCCACUCUUCUCCUACUCGUGCUGGUGAAACAAUUUCCUCAGUUUCUCCCAAAAGAGAAGGACUGCAGUCUCACAAGUGACUCAGCGAGACCUCAUAAAUGCUACUAUGCCGUCAUACCUGUGUUUCCUCUGUCCCAAGUCCAGCACCACACCCUGCUGACUGCUGAUCCAGAGCACACGGCCAUGCUACCGUAUGCUGGGGCUGAAAGAGAAGGACCUGGGUCAGGAGAAACGCCAACCAGCAGAGAGAAUAAUGGAGUGGAACAGAGACAAUAUACUUCAGAAUGACUUGCCAGAGUAGUGGUGUGGACUGGUCUGAUAUCCCAGCUGGCUUUAGGCCUAAGGCCUGAAAAAUGUAUGCGUUCUUCCCAGUGAAAUGUGUGUUUAUUGCUGAAUUGUCUAUUUAUUUCAUGUUUGGAUUUCGU